UGCUCUUUUGUAAAGCUCUCUCUUGGAAGUCGCUUUGGAUAAAGGCGUCUGCUAAAUGCAUAAAUGUAACCAAGAGAGACUGAACAUUUCAUUAUUUCAGCCACUAUGUAUUUCUGUGUACUUUUCAAAAUCAAAACCAAUUCCACUCAAAACGUUGUACAACUGCAUGUAAUAAAUUGUCAUAAACUAUAUAGCACCAGUUCACGUCUGUUUUAAACAAUUAUACUUGUUUGGGAUUCUUCAAGUUUACUUCAAGUUCUUUAAUGAGGCACUGAAAGCCUUUAUGUACUAAACUGCACUGAUAUAUACUGCUUGUUGAAGUGUUCCCUGCUACCAAAAGGUGGUCAUGUGCACCAUCCUUGGCAACAGACAGUUGAAUGCAUUUUAGAUAAGAUCUAUGAGUACCAAAUUAUGGAUUGGCUUUUCCAACCUGAAACCUUUUUUUGUUGAGAAAACAAUUUACUGCUGUUAUGUAAAUUACUUUCCUCAAUGUAUUGUUCAUGCUUCCAUCUUUUGUUACACUCCAAGUGACAUGUUUCAUUACUCUUGCUCUGGAGUCAAUACUGGCGUAUAAACCUAUAUUCCUCUCACAAAUACAUGCACACACACAAACAAACACUCUUGCACAUCAAACACAGAGUAAUUUUGUAUUUAUAUAUUAUGUGUUUGCUGUUAGUUUGUCAUCACUUUCAUGAAGUCAUAUUAUUUAUUUUCUGUAGUUAAAUGUUGUGUAAUAUUUACUAUUGUGAAAUUGUUUGCAUUGUGUAGGGAUAUUUUGCCUCUCCUUGAACUGUGUAAUUUUGUUUGUCCUCUUUGUAAUUUUUGUGUAUUUUUUAAUCUGCAAAUGUUUUUAAUCUAAUCUACUUUAGACAUAUUACAAUUGUGUAGGCAUUUUUUUUUUUUAAACCUUUCCAUUUUGGUAAUCUGACAAAAAUAUGAUGUCCUGGGUACAUAUUAUAUGUUUAAAUAAUCUACAAAACAAAAUACUGCAGUUGCUGAAUCUAAUACUACUGUAUCCUUGUAAAUGAAUCAGCAGAGGAUAAUAUAAAGGGUAAUAAUCAAGUAUGUUUGCUGAAUGAGCUUUGGAUAAAACAAGUUAGGAAUAUAAUAGUAAAUGUUCACAGACUUAAAGGUAACCAGCAAGCACGGUCACAGCCUCUGUGACCAGUAGGGGUGUGAUAUUGCCUCUUGUACCAAUCGCAGUGCAUUUUUAGUGCAGGUCUGUUUAGGAUGUAUGCUAGAGGCAGACCUUGUUGAAGGCACCCGACCAAGAAGGAGUGGACUACUCCUUCAUGCAGACGUUGCAACGCCCCACAUUCAGGCGCUGCUGCCUCUCAUCCUUGAGGCGUGGCCUGUGAGGAGGAGCUGAACUGUCCGCUCCUGUCCACACGCGUCAGCCAGAAACUGUAGACGUUGGCAAAGUAGUGGCACGUGCCACGCGGUCCCUGGCACUCCACAAAUGGCUGGGCACGAAAGUCUCAGAGGCAGCUUCCUGACGAUGUCAGAGACUGCCCACCCCCCUCAUCACCAGCGCCUGUGUGCUGCAAGAUUCAGUACGUAUUCGUUACAAACAGGCACUUCCACACACAGGCUUGCAUAAGGCGACAGGUAGACACGUUAAAGCCCAAAAUAUAUUGUUGUUCUUACCAUAAGGAAAGAGUACCCCAUCCACAGACUCCUCCAUUUGUGGUGGCACUGGAGUGUGCUGGUGUCCUGACUGUGUAUAGCUACAGCCAGUGAGGUUAUUUUAUACACUUAGGUCUCUUUGCCAGCCACAGGCAUCAUGGGCACAGCUGCCGUAGUGGAAAGCCAGUAGGACUUGUCAUUGCUGCUGGCAUAGUCACAGAUGCCCAUGUUGCAGUAGAAGAAGGGCAUGGUGCUGAACAGGCGCAUGCAGGAGCCUGCCUGGCCUGCAGACGCUUUUAUCCAAAGCGACUUCCAAGAGAGAGUUUUAAAAAGUGCAUAGGUCACUGACCAUAACAACGAGAUAGCCCCACCUUCUGGUGGUGGCUCAGAAGGUGGAGCUGACAAACAUGGAGAACAGGAUGACAGCUAGUCAGGGUCAAGUGGAGGAGCUGAAGAGAGAGGUGGUGGACCAGAGGGUCCAGCUGAGCGUCACCCAGACUCAGUUACAGUUCUACAAGGACCAGCUGUCGGUCACGCAGAGUCAGGUGGAAGAGAUGAGAAGAGAAACCACAGCCCAGGCUGCAGAUCUUGUCACCCUGAAGGUCAGGCUGACGGCCAGUGAAGGAGAGGUCAAAGAUCUACAGACAGAGAACUUGGCCCAGGAAGCCAGACAAAGUCUCAGUGAACGCCACGUGGAAGAACUAAAGGCAGAAAAUGAGGGCAGACCAAAGGUGGCAUUCUACACGGCUCUAACUGAUUCAGGAGCUGUUGGACCCUACAGAACUGACACACCACUGGUCUAUAGCAAAGUCUUCACCAACAUAGGCAACCCCUACAGCCCAGUAACAGGUGUGUCCACAGCACCAGUGAGAGGAGUGAACUGCUUCAGGUUUAUUGCCGCGGACAUCCGUAGUUCAGGAAACAUAGGAGUUAACAUGUACAAGAACGACCUCCUGAUCAUGGGCAACGGUGUCUACAAUACCGACAGUCAUGCGAAAUUAGUGGCAAAUGCUGUCACUCUGGAGCUGGAGCAGGGAGAUAUGAUUAGGAUGCGUCUUCCAUCAGGCUUUGGCCUGUUGCAUUAUCCACACAAUUAUAGCACCUUCAGUGGUUUCCUUCUCUUCCCCAUGUAAAACGCUGUGCCCAGGCUCGCGACCCAGAGCUUAACCCUCACGCUCUCCUCGUUGUCUGUAUGGGCAUUCCAUGUAAUCCAGGUGGAACUGUCUGACUUGACAGCAAAUCCCUCUCCGAUGUACUCCGAUGUACUCAGGUGUUGUCGUCUGUACACCCCCGUGUUGUCGUCUGGGUCAAUGAUGCAUGGGAAUGGGUCUUGGUGUUGAAAUGCACGAGAAUGGCGUAACAGACAAGGAUCGGUGAGUUACAACGACUUGGUGCUCCGUCAAUCCUGGCCUUCAUCAGUCUGGACCGCUAUCUAGCAGUGGUCAAAGCAACAGACGCGCAUGCCUCAGGCAUGAGACAGCUACUGGCUCGGAAACUGGUGUAUGUAGGAGCCUGGUUGACUGUGGCUCUCUUGGCAGUGCCGGACAUAGUGUUUGCCAGGACUCGGGAAGCAGGAGAUGGGGGGAUGGUGUGCCAGCACUUAUACCUAUCUGACAACGCUCCUCUCUGGGUGUCGGUGUUCCACCUGCAGCUGGUGUUGGUGGUGUUGGUGGUACCGGGCCUAGUUUUGCUGGUGUGUUACUGUGUCAUCGUGUCCAGGCUGACCCGCCGCGGCCCUCUGGAGGGACAGAGACAGAAGCUCAGAGCUGUCAGGACCACUGUGGCAUUAGUCCUGUGCUUCUUCCUGUGUUGGCUCCCGUAUGGUGCUGGCAUUACUGUGGAUGUCCUCAUACACCUACAGGUCCUUCCCAGGGGCUGCAGUCUGGAGGUGGUGCCAAGGUGCUGAGGUGUGUGGCUAGCGGUGGCUGAACCAAUACCAUUUGCCCACUGCUGUCUAAACCAACAGCUGUAUGCCUUCCUGGGGGCGGACUUCAGAGCUCUGCCAGAGGGGCGUUGACACUCUGUCGUGACGUCUGCAGUCUGAAGAUUCUACCUUGUAGACGCCCAAGAACCUCUACUAGCACAGAGUCUGAGUCAUUUAGUCUACACUGCAGCUGACAGAAUAUAGGUGUGGAUGUAGGUGUGGGUUAGAUGAGGGUGUAGAUGUUUCCUCCUGUAUAUGUGUAGAGGGUAGUCUGUUGGUCCAUGACUUGCCCUUGUCUGAAAGAUGGACUUUUCUGUAAAUAUGGUUUGU